ACACACACACACAUACACAUACAUUUGCCCGUUCACAAAGCACCGCCAUCGACCACGCUCCGUGAGCCAAGUUAACGCCUCGCCAUGAAGGCCAAGUACGCGGCGUCCUACCAGCCAGCGCUGCUGGAGGAGACGCGCGUCGACCGGAGAACCCUCUCCACCACGGUGCCCCUGGCGGUCUACGGCAUCACGCCCUUCGUGGUCUUCGGCCUCUGGAUGCUCGGUGGCUGGACCUCCACGACACUGACUUUCACCGACUACGUGCACCACAGUGUCCUGGGGUACUCCUACCGGUCCUCAUCCUUCGAUCUGGUGGCCGGGUCCUUCCUUCGGUUUUUCUCUCUCUUCCUCUCGCUUGGAACCUCCUUCAGCAAUGUCUCCAUCUACCAUGGCGGGCGCCUGCCCCUCUUGCGGCGCCUCGCCCUUGUGGCCAUCCCCCUGGCGGCGGCCGUGAACUACGCGGUCAAAUUCGGCCUUGUCUUCUCGCAGGAGCCGGCCGAGCGGGCCGCCUCGCUCGAGGGCUUCGGCGGCCAGGGCAUCGCUGUGGCUCUGCUGGUUUUGGGCCUCGGCCUUGCCCUGGGUGAGGCCGUGCCGCUGGGCAUCUUCCACGUCCGGGCCCGACUCCUGGCCCUGGACCAGAUGUUCCUCCGGCAAAUGGAGGCCGGCAGCCAUACUCCCACUUCGCCGGCCGUCACAGGCGCCGAGCUCGACCCCAAGGCCGAUGCGCCCGGCGAGCCGAACAGCAAGGCCACCCUCAUGCGCCUGCUGAGCCUCGUUCGCCCGGAGAUGGGCCUUCUGCUUGUCGGCUGCUUUGCCCUGCUGAUCACCGCCCUCACGCAGCUGGCCCUGCCCUUCCUCAUCGGUGUCAUUGUGGAUGCCCUGGUGCCGGUGUCCGGCAGCGGCUCCUCCUCGGACUUCGACCCCCGGUCCAACCUCAAUCAGGCCGUGGUCCUGCUGCUGAUUGUGGCCACCAUCGGCGCCAUCACCGGCCUUGCGCGAGCCAGCGUCUUCACCCUGAUCGGCCACCGGAUUGUCUUCCGCCUCCGGCGCGAUCUCUUCCAUGCCAUCACCAGCCAGGAUAUCGCCUUUUUCGAUCAAACCCGCACCGGCGACCUGGCCAGCCGCCUGAGCAGCGACUCCCAGGUCAUCCAGAACUCCAUGACCGUCAAUCUGUCCAUGCUCCUGCGCUACAUCGUCCAAAUCUUCGGCUCGGUCAUCGUCCUCUUCCUUCUUAGCUGGCAGCUGUCUCUGAUCAUGUUCUCGGUUGUGCCCCUGGUCACCAUCGGAGCCGUGGCCUAUGGAAAGUACCUGCGCACCCUGCAGAAGAAGUUCCAGGAGGCGUUGGCCGAUGCGCUGACCGUGGCCGAGGAGGUCAUCAGCAACAUGCGUACCGUUCGCUCCUUCUCGGGCGAGGACCGAUCCAACCAGCAGUACACAAAUGCCACCUACCAGAGCUACCUGCUCGGUCGCAAGAUCGCCUUCGUGUAUGGUCUGUUCAAUGGCCUGCUCGGAUUCGUUCCCCAGGCGGCCAUUGCCCUGGUUUUGUGGUAUGGCGGUGUCCUUGUCAUCGAAGGCCGCAUUACCACCGGCCUCCUGACCUCCUUCCUCAUUUACACCCUGUCGGUGGCCAUGGCCUUCGCCUUCCUGUCGAGCCUUUUCGGCGACUUCAUGGCCGCCGUCGGAGCCAGUGAGCGCGUUUUCGGCCUGAUCGACCGGGUUCCCACCAUCCCGGUCAAGGGCGGCCUGCGCCUGCCCAGCCUCACCGGACACAUCACCUUCGACCGCGUCUCCUUCACGUACCCCUCGCGCCCGGACAGCCAGAUCUUGGAUGACAUCCAGCUGGACCUGGCCCCGGGGCGUGUUUUGGCCCUUGUUGGCCCGUCUGGCGGCGGCAAGUCCACCAUCGUGUCACUGCUCGAGCGCUUCUACGAUGUGACCUCCGGCAAGAUCCUGGUCGAUGGCCACGACCUGCGCACCCUCGAUCCCAAGUGGUACCGGUCGCAGGUGGCCCUGGUGUCGCAGGAGCCGGUGCUCUUCGCCACGACCAUCCGCGAAAACAUUGCCUUCGGCAUUCAGGAGGAAUUUUCGUACCAGCACCGGUCGGCGGCCGGCAGCCCCGUGCCCGGGUCCUUCCAUGUCCCCGAGGAGGAUAUCAUCAACGCCGCGCGCCAGGCCAACGCACACGACUUCAUCUCGGCCUUCCCCCAGGGCUAUGACACGCUGGUGGGCGAACGCGGCGUCCGCCUCUCCGGCGGGCAGAAGCAGCGCAUCGCCAUCGCCCGGGCCCUGCUGAUGAACCCGCGCAUCCUCCUCCUGGACGAGGCCACCUCGGCUCUGGACGCCGAGAGCGAAUUCCAAGUCCAGGAGGCCAUCGACCGGGCCAUGGAGUCGCGCACCGUGCUCGUCAUCGCCCAUCGGCUGUCCACGGUCAAGAAUGCCGACGCCAUCCUCGUCCUGCAGGGCGGCAAGAUCGUCGAGCGUGGCACUCACGACCAGCUGAUUGCCCGCCGCAAGGGCGUCUACCGGGGCUUGGUCCUGCGCCAGUUGCAGGGUGGCCCGGACCCGGCCGCCCCCGGCCACCCCAAGGAGGAUGCGCCCGAGGACCCGGAGGACCAGGAGGCCGCCCGCCUCGCCGGCAUCAAGAACCUCGAUGCCCAGUCCACCCACUCCUCGCUCUCCCCCUGCCCGUCAGAUGCCGGGGACUCCCUCCUGGACGUGGUGGAGGAGCAGGCCGAGGAGGAUGACCUGGCCAUCCUGCCGGCCGCGGCCGCCGCGUCCUUCAGCAUCAACGAGCACCCCAGCGAAUUUGGCAGCAUCAACACCGGCCUCGGCCCGGGGCUCGGGGGAUUGCCCCGCCAGCGCCGUGGCAGCGCCCGCUCCCCUCCCAUUGAUGGCCACCCCGCCGCCGCCGCCGCCGGCGAUCGGCCGGAGGACGAUGACGACGACGACCAUGGGGGGGAGGUUCUGAACGAUCGGUCCCCCCUGCUGGUCCCGCGUGACCACUGAGAGUCGCCGUAACUGCCAACACCACCCAACCAAUACACCAUGGCACUUGAGUGAA